AACAUUAUCAUUAUUAUUAUUAUUAAUAAUAAUAAUAAUAUUAGUAUUAUCAUUAUCAUUAUUAUUAUUAUGAUCCAACGAUCUGUAUGAUAUUGAGAUAACGAAGGAAAAAUUGCAAUUAUUAUUAUUAUACCCACCGCAAUAAGAUAAUGCCAAAGUUUGUGAAUACACAAUCUCCUCUCCCUUAUCCCUUUGUGAAUUAUUCAGAGUUGUGUACAAUAAUUGUCCGGUUUUAUAGCGUCGUCGUUGACUAUACUUUUAAUCUCUUUACCCAAUGGGGACACUAAAGUAUAAUAAGUAAUUUUAAUUCCCCUUCCUCCGUUCUCUGUGUUCCUCUUUGUGAUCUCUUUCUCUUUCUCUCGAUUAAUUGUAAUUGAAUAUGUAAUUUUUAACAAAACAAAACAAAACAAAAAAAAAAGAAAAGAAAAAAAAAAGUUACAUCUUUAUAUCGGUGAUUUUAAGAAAGUAUAAAUGCCUAAUAUCUCGAUGAUUCUCUGUUAUAAGGCUAAUGAUAUCACUAAUAUAACAUGAAUAAAGGAAACUUAUAGGCUCUGUAACAUUCGAUCGAGUAAAACAUCCAUUGAGCUCGUUUAUUCCUUAAAAUCCUUAUUUUGAGAAAUGAAAUGAAUGUUUUGUCCUUCGAAGGUAUUUGUUAUAUUAAUUAUCCGAUAAAGUUUCAGAGAAGGAAAAGGAUGAGAAAGAAUAUAGAAUAAAUGGAGUCUCACGAUAUUCGUAAUGUGUUGCCAUCUGUCAAAGAAUAAGAUUGAAAAUUCGCGCGCAUUUACAGUCGAUAACAAGCGCGCUCCGUCGAUAAGUCAGCUGACAUAUCAGCUGAUCGGCAUGCCGUUUUGUAUCAAGAAUGUCAGAAAUGUGCUCAUGCGCAUAUAUGUUAACCGUCGAUUUUUUAGUUCUUUUACAGUUUAUCGAACAUUGUGCUUUUAUUCGCUUAUUCUUGUCUGGUAUCUAUAAUAAAAAAUAUUACAUUUAUAUGAGAAGAGAGAGAGAGAGAGAGAGAGAGAGAGAGAGAGGGAGAAAAAGGACAGCCGUUUGAUAUAUCGAAAUUGAGAAGAAAAUUUCAGUAUAAUAACCAUCGGCAAUGUCACAAGAAGAGAGUAAUAAUGGCACGAUUAUUUUGUAAACGAAUCAAUUGAUUUAAAUAGAUAUUUACUUUGACAUAUAUCACGAAGAAAUUGUCAAGAGAAAUUGUGUCAGCGCGAUGUGUAUCUUUAUUGUCUGGUUUAACUUUGGCCGAAAAUCAUUUUGUUCUCGUAUCUAAAAAGAUAUCUUCUAUUCUUAGAAAAAUCAUUAUUCGUCAUAUAUUUGUCAUUCAAUGCUAAUUUUGACACUUGACAAUUGUCUAGAAUAUGGAGGCAGAGGAAGUUAUACAAAAUAUUUUUGGAAUUAAUGAUGCCAUAAUAAUGUCAAAAACUAAAUCCAAAACGUCCAACGUAAAGUUUUUGAGUACUUCAGAAAGUUUAGAUGUGGUUAAGAUUUUCAUUAACGAGACACUGGCCAAGUAUGCUUGUGCAGAAAAAUUGACAGACGAUAGGGAGGGUCGUAUAGGGCCUAAAACUGUCAAGUUUGAUGUUAACACGCAUACUGGCCUGUUCAUUGUUUCGCCAGAUAGAUCGAGUAUUAUCGCUCAAGGGAAUUUUUGUACAAUGAAGGCUAAUACAGCACUUUACAAAGGAAAAUGGAUGUACGAGCUUCAGCUUGGUUCUAAAGGUGUAAUGCAAGUAGGCUGGGGAACUUCACGAUGUAAAUACGAUAUGGAGAGUGGAGUUGGUGACACCGUUAACUCUUAUGCUUAUGACGGUCACCGUGUUAGAAAAUGGAACGUGAUACCAACUAAAUACGGAGAGUCAUGGCUUACAGGAGAUAUUAUAGGAUGUACAUUAAAUAUGGAUGAUGGAACGAUAGAUUUUUAUAGAAAUGGAAGACAUCUUGGGAGAGCAUUUGAUAAUAUAUCCAUGGGUCCUGGUAUUGCUUACUUUCCAACUGUAAGCCUGACAUUUACCGAAAAUGUCACGGCUUUUUUUGGAGGCACUCCUUUAAGAUAUCCCUUAGAAGGUUAUCAAGCUAUUCAAGCUCCGCCAGAAUCGCAAGUUAUACAAGCUACAUUUUUAUUUCAAUGGUUUACCCGUGUCAUAGAUUACGUAGUUAGUAUAAAACAAACAAACGUUUCGUUGACUGAUAGAUCAAUGACAGUACAUGCAUUUCUCAUGUGCAUUGCACAAAGCAUCUUAAUGCAUAUCGGUCCUUUGCUUACCAUUCCAUAUAUCGUCGAAGGUGUGUUCAUUCCUUUUUUACACGAAAUUUCUGGAAUACAAAAAUACGGAGCAAGGGACUCGUUGAAAUUUCGUGAAAGUAAAGUAAGAUUAAUGACUUGCUUAGAUCUUCUAUGGACUUUUCUAGAGGAACGAGAGAUGAGGUCUUGUUUAGACAGUACGCUCAUCUAUCUCUAUUCGACGUUCAGGCACGUUUCCUUUUUCCUUGAAUAUUCGAAUCAGUAUAAUAGUUUAAUACUAUUGAUACAAUUUUGUCUACAUACCACGACUCGGCAACACUUUCUAAAGUACCUGCUUUUCGAUCGUGUGAGAUUUGCUAAUUUUAUUCACAUUAAACCGAUGGACGAUGUUGGUCUAGCAAAUGUAGUUCGGCAACCUUGGUGGGAAACCAAUCCAAUAGAUCCAUCUAUUGCUAUAAGGAAAGAUGCAUAUAUAGAAGCGUGCGAAAGUAUUAAAGACUCAGUAGAGGAAUUAGAAAAUAUACAACUUUGGUUAUUAAUGACUCUGCUUGAUAAUUCCGAUGGUACUCCGAAUAGACCUACAUCGAGGACUAUUUUUCUAAGAAAAUUCAAACGUUUCGUUCAUGAAAAUCUAACAACGACUCGUACAACGCCGCAUCUUCAGACUCCUUUGGUUCUUAGUCUCUGUUGCUUUCAUCGGCUUUUGUCUGUAUUCAAAUAUUUAUGGAACGAUGAAAUUGGGGUCAGUCCCGUUUUCGUACCGUGCAAAUUAUUCUACGAUGGAUCAAUCAAUUACUCCGGAAUUGACAGAUUGGGAGGAGUGUUAUCUCACUUGAACAAGACCUUCAGAACAGAAUUGGUUCAAAUUUUGGGUCCAAAUCACGAAGUGAUCCUUUCUAUGGAACAAUCGCAAGAUCAACCAUUCCUCGCAAGACUGUCGGAUUUACCAGUCGUCAUACCUGCAUUCGCUCACAUGAUUAAUGUUAAUGCAUCAGCUCAAGGAAGUACCAUGUUAGUGGAAAGAAUGGGAUAUUUUAGCAGAGAGGACAGAACGCCACUGCGUUUAGGUCCAUUAGACGCCGCCGUGUCUCUGUUAGAAUUAUUAGAUGGGAUUAUAUUGUUUUAUCACGCGGCAGCGAGAAAACAAGUGGCAAAACUUGCUGUUCUUAAGGACAACAUAUCUGAAUUUGAAGCCGCUCUUUCCGAGGCUAAAAAAAGAUUGGAUUAUAUUAUCAAUUAUGAGGAUGAGACGUCUCAUUUAAUUCAGGAAGAAUUAUUACGUUCGAUAGAGGUGUUCACUAACAAAUUGUCCGAACAGGCGAGGCAAAUGGCUUGGAUUCGUGCCGCAGUAUUUUCAGAGGAAAAGCUAGUAGAGCUGGCUUGGUUUUUAGAAAUGUUAACGUUAACAUUGCAAAAAGCAAGCGGAGAAGGAAACAUGUUCAGUUUUGUACCUGAUUUUUAUCUCGAAACCCUUUCCGAUUUAUGCGUUAGUAUACGUAAUCAUAUUCAUCCUACUAUGCCGAUCGAGACGAUACCAGAUUAUCAGAAGAUGUUAUUGGAUAUUGCUGAGUUCCUUUGCUCCCAUUAUCUUGAUCCACGUAUCGUUAAUACAAAUUCGAAAGAGAUAUUAAUGAUAACAUUUGCUGGAUUCAUGUCGAAUCCCAUUACACUCGAGGCAUUAGAAAAUGUAUCUUUAGAAAAUAGAUUGAAGGUAGUCGGAAAUCUAUUGAAACCCUUUGAAGCUAAAACAUGGGCUCAGUCGAACUGGAUACUCAUGAGAUUCUGGCAAGGUCAUGGAUUUGCAUUUCGUUAUGAAAAAAGUCCACAUUUAUGUAGGAAAGUCGGACCGAAAUUAUUGCAACAAGAACCUAUGCAUCAGUUGCUAAGUGCGUCCUUUCUUGAUUCUUACUUAUUAGUAAUCAUGAUCUAUAAUUUAUUCCAUCAGCCGUUAAAACCUUAUCCUUCUCUAAUAUAUCAAUUACAUGUAAGAGAUGGAUUAUUAGGGAAAUCACAAAAUACUGUACAAUUUUUAAAUUCUUUGUUGAAUCAAUUAAAUUGGGCUUUCUCAGAGUUUAUCGGUAUGAUACAAGAGAUUCAUAAUAUUUCGUCAAGACCCGAAAGGGUAUUCAUUGAGUCGAGACAACUCAAAAUCUGUGCUACUUGCUUCGACUUGAGCGUUGCAUUAUUAAGAGUUUUAGAAAUGUUUUGCACAGUUGCACCGGACAUAUUCAUUGAUCUUCGUCAGUCUUCUAGAGAAAAUUUAUUAUCCAGAUUAUGUCAAUUACUAUGUCAAAUAUUAAACAGGAUGAGCUCUCAAACCAGUUGUUUUCAACAAGUUGUACUAUUGGAAAUUCCAGAUUUAGAAUUGAUAGAUCAUUUUCCAAUACUUACGGCAGUUGUUGGAAUAUUGUUGGCAUUACUUAAAGAAGACAUGGCAGCAUUUACGCCAAGACCAUCGGCCGAAGUCCCUAAGGUUACGCGCACGUUAUUAAUAGAACCGAGUUUUCAAAUCAGUUCUUUGUACUUCGUAUUAGGGGAAAGUAAUAUAAAAAUUCCAAAGGACAAAAGAAAAAGAAUAAAACAAUUUUCAUUUUUAAAUUAUGAAGAUUAUGUAACGGACGAAGAGAUCAGUCAAGUCAGAGCAAUGAUAAAUUAUUUGGAUUACUGUCGUGAUAUCUUACCAGAUUCAAAAGUAUUAAUGGACGAUGAAAAUAUUUGUACCAUUUGUUAUGCCUUUCCAAUAAGCGCAAAGUUUAAACCUUGUAAUCAUGAAACUUGUCGCUUUUGCAUCGAUCGUCACCUUCUCAAUACAAGAGAAUGCUUUUUUUGCAAAGCGACGAUAAGUAAAGUUAUCGAUCUUUACGGUAAUACUUUACACGACUUUUCUAUGGAAUCGACAAGUACCAAAGAAUCCUUGAUCCAUUGAUGGAAACGUCAUUAAAAUCAUGUACACUCUGUUACAAGAAGUAUAUUAAAAAAAUUUGAAAUUAUACAAGUACAAUUGAAAUUAAAUUCUAACAAAAGCUAAUAUGUAAAAGGUAAAUGUUAUAAAAUAUUAUAAUAAAAUAGGAGUUUAUUUAUCCGAUACAUCUUUCAUUGCAAUACAUGCGCAAUAACACAAAUGCAGAAUUAAGAUGUUGCUACAUAGAAAAGAGGUGAGUCUCUUGAUAAUAAAAUAAAAUAAAAUAAAAUAAAAUAAAAAAAAAAAAAAAGAAAAAAGAAAAAGAAAAAAAAACCACCAUUUCUUACAAUUAUUUGGCAUGUGGCACACAAUAUAAAAAUAAACAAAUAUCUACAUCAUCAGUCUUUCUCUGACGUCUUAAUAUUUUCAAUAGAUUUGGUAAAAUUAGUUUUACAUUUAAAAAUAAUUAAGAGCAUAAAUUUUCUCCAAGUCGUAUCCUGAAACCUGUUACCAAUGGUUGUUCGGCCAAUGGUUUCUUUAAAUCUUUAAGUGCUUGAAUGGAUACUAUACCGCAGACAAAAGCACCUAUCGCAGUAAUCGUAAUUGCUAAGAGAAUAAGCAAACGAUCCUUAUUCAAAUACAAUUCAGGAUCUUUGAUGAGAGUACUUUGAAGAAGGCAUAUUCCUGGCAAUAUGAAAAUAAACGUAGCCGAUAAUGCGCCUAAUAAGUUAAUAACCGGAGAUAUGUCUGGUACCAAUAUGGCUAUAAUUAAUGACGCUAUAAACCAAACGAACGUAAUGAAGUUUCUCAUUUUAACGUUCUCGUCGACGAACGUGCCAAACAGUGAGAGAAUAGCAUCCCGACCACAAUAUAAAACGAUUGGAUAUACCGUAAAGUUUUUUAUGGCGAUAGAAAUGACGGCUAUAGUAACUAUUAUACUUUUAUCCGAAUAUCCUUGAAGUAUGUCGCUAGGUACCUUGCCCGUUCCAAAUGUUGCAUAUCCAAGAAUGCCAACUAUCGUAUAAACGGUAAAACAAAUGAUCAUACUAAUUACAGCAGUUAUCGUGAAUUUUCCAAGCUGUCGUUCUUUCAUACAGGCAUACAUUGGUAUCGCAGUCAUGUGGCUCUAUUGGGGGAAAAAAAAAAAGGAAAAAAA